GCUCAGUGUUUGAAAACCACUGGCCACAAAAAAUUUCUUUCCUGUUUUGACAGCCAGUAAAUAUAGCUGCCUCAAGAUGUUGAUGCCCAAAAAGAAUAGGGUUGCUAUUUAUGAAUACCUUUUCAAGGAAGGUGUUAUGGUAGCUAAGAAAGACUACCAUGCCCCUAAGCAUCCAGAAUUGGAAACUAUUCCAAACUUGCAAGUAAUAAAGGCUUUACAGUCAUUAAAAUCAAAAGGAUACGUUAAGGAGCAGUUCGCAUGGAGGCAUUAUUAUUGGUACUUGACCAACCCAGGCAUUGAAUAUCUGCGUACUUUCUUGCACCUCCCUCCAGAAAUCGUUCCCUCUACCCUGAAACGGCCAGCCCGUACGGAAACCACACGUCCACGACCAGCUGCGCUCAGGUCCGAGACCUCAAAGCCCUCAGAGGACCGUGCUGGUUACAGAAGGACUCCUGGAGGACCUGGCUCAGACAAAAAGGCCGAUGUUGGUCCGGGAACGGGAGAUGUAGAAUUUAGACAGGGUUUCGGUCGUGGUAGAGCACCCCAAUAAAUCCGUUAUAAAUAAUUUUAUAUAACUUUACCAUGAUCAGCAAAUAAAAUCGUUUGUUGGUUAA